CCCCAGAUCUUGUCACAUUCCUUGCCUGGUUGCAGCUGCUGACUCUCAGCAUGUUCUCAAAAGACAAAGAAACCCAUAUUUCCAUCUGUCAGCUCUCUUAUCUAUCAUCCGCUUCAUCCCAAAGCACUGGGUCCACCUUCUUUAGGCCUUCCUCAAGCCCCUUUCACCUGGUGGAGCCUUUCAGCAGCCUUCAUAUCUUUCCCUUCUCAUGUUCUAGCAUUUAGAUAAAUACUUGUUUUAGCCUUCUUCCUCUAUAACAGCCCAGAAGUACUAGAAGGAGCUUGAGCUUUAUGUUCAGAGAGUCAAUUAUUCAACAUGCAUCAGGGACAGCAGUGAUGAAGACAGACUGGCUCCCUGCUCCGUGGAGCUUGCAGCCUCAGCUGUUAAUCUCAGCCUUACCACUGUGCUGUGUGAACUAGGACCAUGGUAGGCGUCUCUGAGCCUGUAUUUCCUCAUCUGUCAAACGGACUCAGAUGAGGCACCGAGUAGGUGCACACUUAAGCCCAUACUCCUCUCCAUCUCUCUACAUGGAGGAUUGUGGGGUGAUGAACUGUAGGAGGCCCUUCGUCAUCAACUUCAGGGAAUGCUGGCCUAAGUUUUACAAGACAGUGUAUUCAGCCUUCUGCAUGGAGCUGGCUUCUCGUGGCUUUGUGGUUGCUGUACCAGAGCACAGGGAUGGGUCAGCUGCGGCCACCUGUUUCUGCAAGCAGAUCCCAGAGGAGAACCAGCCUGACAAUGAGGCCCUGGAGGAGGAAUGGAUCCCCCACCGUCAAAUUGAGGAAGGGGAGAAGGAAUUCUAUGUUCGGAACUACCAGGUGCAUCAGAGGGUGAGCGAGUGUGUGAGGGUGCUGAAGAUCCUACAAGAGGUCACUGCUGGGCAGACCGUUCUCAACAUCUUGCCUGGUGGGUUGGAUCUGAUGACCUUGAAGGGCGGCAUUGACGUGAGCCGUGUGGCUAUAAUGGGACAUUCGUUUGGAGGGGCCACAGCUAUUCUGGCCUUGGCCAAGGAGACGCAAUUUAGGUGUGCUGUGGCUUUGGACGCUUGGAUGUUUCCUCUGGAGCAUGACUUUUACCCCACGGCCCGAGGCCCUAUCUUCUUUAUCAAUGCUGAGAAGUUCCAGACAGUGGAGACUGUCAACUUGAUGAAGAAGAUUUGUGACCAGCACAACCAAUCCAGGAUCAUAACUGUCCUUGGUUCUGUUCAUCGGAGUCUAACUGACUUUGUUUUUGUGGCUGGUAACUGGAUUAGUAAAUUCUUCUCCAGUCACACCCGUGGAAGCUUGGACCCCUAUGAAGGUCAGGAGACCGUGGUGCGGGCCAUGUUGGCCUUCCUGCAGAAGCAUCUUGACCUGAAAGAGGACUAUGACCAGUGGAACAACUUCAUUGAAGGCAUUGGACCAUCACUAACCCCAGGGGCCCCACACCAUCUGUCCAGCCUGUAGGCACAACUGGUCAUCUGUGGAAGGUCCCUGAGCUGAGUUCCCGUGUGGGGCCUGCCCAGGGAUACCCUUGGCCUCCUAUUAGGAAGUGAUUGCCAUGACCCUUCUGUGUUGAUUGAGAGGAUAUAAUCACACUGCUGAUUGGUAACGGGGUACUUGAAUCUCAGACUUGUCGAUCUUAAACUCAUGUUGGGACUUGGGUCACUUACUGAUGGGCAAACGGGCAUUCUGAGGACUGAGCCUUAAUGGUGUGGGGAACAAGCGGUGGGAUGGGGCUGGGGAAGACCUAAGCCCUAAGCUGGGCACUAUGAGCCCUAUUAACCCAGCCAGCCAACACCCUCACCUUGGGCCAGUAUGGCUUCUGCAGUGGAAGAAAUGAAGCCAAAGGACAGAGGGAAAAUUCCCACCAUCCAGGCCUCUAGCCCAACUUGGCACUGUCUCUUCCUUGUUCUCUGCCUUUCCCUCCUCCCCAGGGCUGUUUGGUGAGUUCUGAGCACUUUGGGUGGCUUUCUAGGAUCUGGACCACCAUCAGAUUUUUCUGUUUAUUUUCAAGCCUUCUCAUCGCAUGAAGCAUAGUCCUGGGACAUUUAGUCAGGAGAAGGUAUACUUGUUAGCCUAUAGAAGGGGCAGAUAGCAUUGUCAUGAGAGCACAGGGAGAGAGGCUGAGGGACAAGGGGUACCCCAUAAGCUCUGGAUGUCUUAGAGUCUUGCUGAAAAUCUCGCUUGACAGGAAACAACACAAGUAGGUUGAUGGAGAAAGUAGAAUAACAGUGGCAAGUAGCCAUUUGAGCAGGCCCUCACCGCGAAAGGGAGAGAGAUUGGUCAGUUCGAAUGCAGGAAGCCAUCUCUAGAGAGAAGUCUAGAAACAUUUCGGUUUCGCCUCUUACCUCAGGUAUUGUGAGCCUCCAACUUGCUCAGAAUCAGGGUGCUCUCAUGGUCUGGCUUCUGGCUCUGAGGUCCUAACCCCAGAGUUAAGUCAAGCUGUAGACUGAAUUUCCGUUUUGUCCCAUUUGUAAUGUGAACGAUAUUAAUACUCAUGUUUGCCUAAUGAUAUGUUGGAGUAUUUUCUAUAUUUAAUCUUCAUUACAGCAAGAUGGGGAGCCAUCUGGAACUAA